UAUGCUCCUCCUCACUCUCGCCUCAUGUUCUCGCGCGUCGUCGCAUGCGUAAGUGUGCGCUGUUGCCUUGUGAGUCAGCAAAACGGGAAGGGAGUCUACGAUAAUCUGUUGUCGUCGCGGCUGUUACGAGCGUGUGAGCGUACCGUCGGGAUCGGUGGAAGCCAGCGCGCGCGUUGUUAUUCCUGUACAAGAGUGAGUGAAGUUGCCAGCGAGCCGUCGUCACCGAGCGUAGCGAUGUCGUCGGGCGACGAGAAGCCGUUUCGCCGUCUGCCGACGUGCGUGCGUCCCUAUCACUACGAUAUCUCGCUGACGCCGAAUCUCACCGCCUUCACCUUCGAUGGCACGGAGAGCGUACACCUCAACGUGGAAAGUCCGACAGACACCAUUGUGUUGAACUCCUUGGAAAUUAAUAUAAAAAGCGCGACUUUUAACGGAAAUGACGGUAAGAGGAUUGCUGCCAAGAAUAUCGAGCUGUCGGCAUCUGAGGAAACGGCCACGUUGGCGUUUUCCGAGGCUCUGCCACUUGGUAAAAGUGGAUAUCUGAAUAUAGAAUUCGUGGGCGAGAUCAAUGACAAGAUGAAGGGCUUUUAUAGGAGCAAAUAUAGCGGAGAGGACGGUACCGUUGAAUACGCGGCGGUUACCCAGUUUGAGCCGACAGAUGCCAGACGUUGCUUCCCAUGCUGGGAUGAACCAGCACUCAAAGCCACAUUUGACAUUACGCUAAAAAUUCCGAUUGGUCUUACGGCACUUUCCAAUAUGCCUGUGAAAGAAAAAGUUACGAAUGGCAACCACGAGACGUUAACUUUUGAAAGAACGCCUAUCAUGUCGACGUACUUAGUGGCGGUAGUAGUAGGCGAUUUCGAUUACGUCGAGGACAUGUCUAGUGACGGUGUGAGAGUUCGGGUUUACGUACCGAAAUCCAAGAAGGAGCAGGGCCAGUUUGCUUUGGAAGUGGCCACCAAGAUAUUGCCUUACUACAAGACUUACUUUGGCAUCGCGUAUCCCUUGCCGAAGAUCGAUCUCAUAGCGAUCGCCGACUUUUCGUCCGGCGCCAUGGAGAACUGGGGCCUCGUCACGUAUCGCGAGACUUGUUUGCUCGUGGAUCCACAGAACACGUCGACAGUGCGCAAGCAGUGGAUCGCGUUGAUAGUAGCACACGAGCUAGCGCACCAAUGGUUCGGCAAUCUCGUGACAAUGGAAUGGUGGACGCAUCUCUGGCUGAACGAGGGCUACGCGUCGUUCGUGGAGUUCCUUUGCGUCGCGCAUCUCUUCCCGGAAUAUGAUAUGUGGACGCAAUUUGUGACAGACACGUACAUCCGCGCGUUGGAGCUAGACGCGCUGAAGCACAGUCAUCCAAUUGAGGUACCAGUCGGUCAUCCAUCGGAGAUCGACGAGAUCUUCGACGACAUAUCGUAUCACAAAGGAGCUUCUGUUAUUCGUAUGUUGCAUGCGUACAUAGGCGAUGACGAUUUUCGAAAGGGUAUGAAUCUGUAUUUGAAAAGACACAGCUACGCCAACGCGGAGACCGAGGAUCUCUGGGCCGCAUUAGAAGAGGCCAGUAACAAAGCUGUGCGCAAGGUGAUGUCGUCGUGGACCAAGAGACAAGGUUUUCCCGUGGUCAAGGUCGACUAUCGUCAGAAGGGCGACAACAAGAUCCUAUCGUUGUCCCAGGAGAGAUUCCUGGCCGACGGAUCGGUAGAUAACAGCGCGGAUAACGCGUGGCUCAUACCGAUAAGUGUAAGCUCCUCGCAGGAUCCGACCAAAACAGUGUUCGACGGCAUAUUAGACACAAAGAGCAAGGAAUUUGUGAUCGAAAAUGUUCCCGAAGGUACAUGGCUGAAGCUCAAUCCCGGGACAAUCGGCUUUUAUCGUACUUGUUACAGUCAGUCCACUCUGUCGCUUCUGUUGCCCGCGAUUAAGGAUCACACGUUACCUCCUCUCGACAGAUUAGGCUUACUGGACGAUCUCUUCGCGAUGGUGCAGGCGGGUUACGCGUCCACGGUGGAAGUGCUCGAGUUGAUGCAGGCGUUUCUACAUGAGGACAAUUACACCGUUUGGUCUAACAUAGUGAAUAUCCUAAGUAAAAUCGGCACUCUCAUUUCACACUUGGACUUUGAGGAUUCUCUCAAAACGUUCGGACGUAAUCUGUUCCGCGAGGUUAACGCUAGACUAGGCUGGGACCCUAAGCCAAACGAGAGUCACUUAGACACGUUACUCAGGUCUCUCGUGCUGAGCCGCAUGGCGGUUCUAAACGAUCAAGACACUAUCGAGGAAGCGAAGAGGAGAUUUGAGUUGCACGUGAACGGCACGACAACGCUCGCCGCCGAUUUGCGCAGUCCGGUUUAUCGAGCUGUGCUAUCCGUGGGUGAUGCCAACACUUACGAGACCAUGAUAAAAUUAUACAGAGAAUCCGAUCUUCAGGAAGAGAAGGAGCGGAUUUUGCGGUCGCUCGGCGCGAUCAAAGAUGAGACUCUACUGAGAAAGGUCCUGGAUUUCGCUAUGAGCGAAGAAGUUCGCGCUCAGGACACAGUGUUCGCCAUCAUGUCCGUGAGUCUGUCGUACAAGGGACGUGUUAUGGCGUGGAAUUUUUUCAAGGAAAAAUGGAAGGUCCUGCUGGACCGUUACGAGGGCGGCUUCCUGCUGGCGCGGCUGGUCAAGUCCACUACCGAGAACUUUGCCACCGAAGAGCAAGCCAAAGAUGUAGAGAGUUUCUUUGAGGGCCACCCGACUCCGGGUACCGAGCGAACGGUACAGCAGAGCGUGGAGUCCAUCAGAUUGAACGCCGCGUGGCUCAGCCGAGAAAAAGACUCCAUCAGAGAAUAUCUGACCACUCGAGUCUAGUAAAGACAAUUUCUCUUAUCUUGCCUCCGUUACCUUAAUAGGACAUUGGCAUAAUUCGGAAUUCGCGUGUAAACCGAACUGGUUUUGUUACGCGUUGAACGUCUUGUACUGCUUGAUUAUUGUGAAAGGACGUUAAUUAAGUACGGAUUUGUCUCUUGUGUAUGAGAUGAUACUUAAAUAAUUCGAUACAAAUAUCACGUGUAUGCACGCUUGAAAAAAAAAAAAACGCUAAUUUGUUGACUAAAAGUUUUACUGGGUGCGAAAGACAGAAAAACAAUUGGGAGAAAAUACAAUUUUGUAUACAUCUACUAUACUAUACCUCAACGACGAGUCAUCUCGACGUAAUCCAAUAGUUUUUUACAAUGUUUCUAUCGUUUUUUACCGUCAUUGGAUUCCGUUAAAUUUCGUAUCAUUAUUUAUACUGAAAAAUUUAAAUAUCUAGAAUAAUCUUUGUUAUCUUUUUCAUUUUUACAGAGAAGUUAAACUGAAUAGUCAAAACAUAAAACUUUUUGGUAAUGAUUGCAACUGCAGAAUUUAUUUAAGGCAUUUAUAUAGAGAUAUAAUUUAGCAAAACUAAUUGAAAAAUUGAUUGCGUUUGUAUUGUUGUUUAUUCAUGUAUUAUAUGAGCCAUUUGCAAAAUGUAUGUUCUCGAUACGUAAAUGAAGCAGUAUUCGUGAAAAAAAUUACAUUUUUAACAUCUUUUUCUUUAUGAAAGAGCUACUAAUUUUGUUUGCCAAAAUAAACGCAGGUUAAACUCUAAUGGGUAAUUGAACGGGAAAUACGUUUACGUGUUUUUAUUUAUUUAACCAAUGCGAUUUAAUUAUGUUAUGGAAUGGUAAUCCAUGAUUAAAAGGGAACAAUUGUUUUAAAAUCGAAAUUGGAUAACUAUUUUAAGUAUCCAAAUGAAGCAUUUAUAAAGAAGUUUUAAACUUUGAUGCAACGGCGUCUGCAGGAUUUUCAAGAUUUUUAAAGUGUCGCAAAUAUAUUUAAAAAUUUUCCUGACGUCGCAAAGACGCUUAAAAAGUUUUAUAUGUCCCUUGGACGUUUUUUAGAUAUUUCUUGGAUUUUCGUGGUUAGGUCAUUAUGUUAUCAUUGAUAACAGAGAAUUAAGGUACUCGACUAUCAAUGACAUUUCGACGAAACUAGCUUGAUAGCUCUUUAUAAAACUUAUUAAUAUGUAACCUUAUAAUGUGUACAGAUUAUUAAUAUAGAUGGUUGUUUAUUUCAAGUAUUAAUGUUAAAUACAGCAUGCGUGCCAUAAUUACCUCAUUAAUAAAUAUAUAUCAUCUUCUUUAUAUUUGUAACAGAGAAAAGUUAGCGUUAAACUUUUCUUCUUUGUAUCUAGAAUUUUUUUUAUAUUUUCUAUCUAUAGCGAUUAUUUGAUAUUAAUUUUGCAAUUAAUAGGAGGUUUAUCAAAGUUCUAAAACUGUGUUUAAAAACGUGUCGCAAGAAGAGACGAUAUUAAAUAUUCUUCGUAAAAAAACUCGA